UCCAUGGGAAUACCGAGGACUUGCUGGAUUCGCUGGAGUUGCAUAGACAUUGAGAAAUGGGUGUUACAUCUUUAUGGGAGAUACUAGGUCCCACGGCUAGACCAGUCAGAUUAGAGGCAUUAUCUCGAAAGCGAAUGGCGGUGGAUGCAUCGAUUUGGAUAUAUCAAUUUCUUAAAGCAGUAAGAGACUCUGAGGGUAAUGCAUUACCUCAAUCGCAUAUAGUCGGGUUCUUUAGAAGGAUAUGCAAGCUAUUAUACUAUGGAAUUCUACCUAUCUUUGUAUUUGAUGGGGGUGCCCCUUCCUUGAAGAGAAAAACUAUACUUAAAAGACGAGAAAGAAGAGAAGGACAUCGGGAAAGUCUUGCCCAAACAGCACAACGGUUACUAGCAGUGCAGGUGCAAAGGGAAGCCGAAAUGACGAAGAAACCAGCUACAGAAGGAGAUACUGUUUAUUUGGAAGAUCUUCCAAAUCUACAUCCCCAGCAUGGCUCACCUAGUCAAGCAAAUAAUGAUAAAGAAAAGAAUGUUUUUGUUCGACGCGACGAAUACCAUCUACCAGAGUUGAAUAAAUUCAAAGUAUCGAGAAAAGACGCUCGUAUUAUGCCCGAGGAUGAGUUUCAAGAGCAGUAUGAUUAUUCUUUUGACAUUGUUGAUGGUAUAGAUAUCAAUACGGUUGAUCCUGCGUCUAAGGAAUUUGCAGAAUUACCGACCCCUACUCAAUAUAUGGUUUUAUCCCAUUUAAGACUACGCUCCAGGUUAAGAAUGGGAUUCAGUAAAGAUCAACUAGAAACGCUUUUCCCCAAUAGCUUGGAUUUUUCAAAAUUCCAGAUUCAACAAGUUCAAAAAAGAAACUUCUAUACUCAAAGGUUAAUGAAUGUAAGUGGUAUGAGUGAAGAUGGUGGUAAUGUAACAAAGAGAAUUUCUGGUGACAAAGAUCGUAAAUAUGCUUUGGUGAGGAAUUCUGAUGGCUGGACGUUAGCUUUGACCGACGGAGGCGAGCAAGAAUCAAAUCCAAUCAUGUUGGACGAGAAUGGAGAAGUUCCAAGAGAGGUCAUCAAUUCGAUGAAAGAAGAAUUAGAAGAUAACAAAAGCACCAAAAAAGAGAAUGAAAAACAAGAAGAAGACAGUGAAGUCGAAUGGGAAGACGUUUCAUCAAACGAAAACGAAGAGACAGAGGAAGAAAGAAACAUGCAAAAAGCAGUCAUUGAAUCCAUUUACGACCAAUAUAGGGAUGAAGACCCUGGAACUGCUCACGCGACGGGUGAGGAUAAGUUGAAACAAGUAGUUUCUGCCCCACCAUAUAGAAAUGAAGAUUUUGAUGAAAUCGAACUUAAACAAGCUAUCGAAGAAUCUAAAAGGGACUUACUCAAUCUUGAAGAACAAGAGAAAAAGUUUAACCAGGGAGUAGCUAGGAAAGAUCUUGACUUGAAGAAAGUAGAAAAUCCCCAAUCUAGUUUAUUAUUUAACUUUGACCAGUCUUUAUUAUUUGGCAAAAAGGCUCCAGAUAAUACUGGGUCCCGAAAGACUCAAAGCUUUAAAAAAGAGGAACAUGCAUCAACAAAUCCCAAUAUUAACUUUAUUGAUCUAACUCCAGAUAAAGUAUUGGGAAAUGGUAAGAGCGUUCCACGAGAGGAUCACGGAUACGAUGAAAAAGAGAAAGAAAAUACUGGCACUAAUGUCAUGUCAAAAGGUGAAAAGAAAGAAGCUCCACAUGAAGAGAAAAUAAAAGUUAAUAUUGUUCAUGAAGAUAGUCUGAGAAAACAAGAUCUGAUCCAAUUGGAAGAUAACUCUUCAGACAUCGAUGACGAAGAAGAGCCAAAUUCAAAACCAGAAAAACGUCGUGAGUUACCUUCCUGGUUUAAUGAUAGUAUUUCCCCCGCACAAAACCCACAUAUCCAAAGAGCUGAAACCACAAGACCUUCUUUUCAGGAAGGAAAGGAGGAUGAUGACGAAGCCGCAGGACUUAUAAGUUGGAGAGAGGCCCAAGAAUUGAUGAAUGAAAACAAUGAAGAAAGUGAAAUGAACGAAGAAAUAUCACCGGAUGAAAUCGAAGAGAUUGCCAGAAGUGAUGUUUAUCCAUCUCAAGAAGAUAAUGAGCAGUCGGGUCCUCAACAUGGGGUAGAAGAAGUUGAAGAAAAAAAACCAGGAAGAAAAGCAGCUGUUUUAGAUUACGAUUUCGAGGAAGAAGAAGAAAAUAAUUUGGCAGAACAGCUUAGAGUGGAAGAAGAAGAAGAUGAGCACUUCCGGUCUCAAAUUAAAUCAAAAAAUAUGAAUAGCAACUUGGGUCUAGGAACUAGCGUUACUGACGCACAGUUAAUGCAAGAGAAGCUCCAAAAAGAUAAAAGAGAUUCCGAUGAAGUUACUCAAAACAUGAUUACGGAUGUUCAAGAGUUACUCAAAAGAUUCGGUAUUCCUUACAUUACUGCACCCAUGGAAGCCGAAGCCCAAUGUGCUGAAUUAUACCGGUUGAAAUUAGUUGAUGGUAUUAUAACAGAUGAUAGUGAUUGCUUUUUAUUUGGAGGAGAUAGAAUAUAUAAAAACAUGUUCAAUCAGAAGCAGUAUGUGGAGUGUUACAUGGUGGAUGACAUAGAAGGCAAAGUCGGUCUCACUCAAGAGAAGCUUAUAGAGUUGGGGCUUUUAUUAGGUAGCGAUUAUACAGAAGGUAUAAAAGGCAUAGGUCCAGUUUUGGCAAUGGAAAUUUUGGCAGAAUUCGGAACACUAAAGGCAUUCAAAAAUUGGUUCGAUGAAAAUACUCAAAGGAUCCCAGAUAAAAAGGAUCAAACAAGCUUGAAAAAAAACUUGCUAAAAAGAAUAAAAAGCGGUAAAUUGUUUCUUCCUGAUUCUUUUCCUGAUCCUACCAUAAGAGAUGCAUAUACAAAACCUGAGGUUGACCAUGAUGCAAGUGACUUUAGUUGGGGAAUCCCCAAUUUAGAUCAGAUAAGAUCAUUUCUUAUGUUCAAUUUGCGAUGGUCGCAAGCUAGAGUAGACGAGGUUUUGGUUCCACUAGUGAAAGAUAUCAAUAAAAAGCGAGCAGAAGGAACUCAAUCCACAAUUGGUGAAUUCUUCCCUCAGGAGUCAAUCUCUCUAAGAAAAAGCAUUGGACUAGGAAAAAGGAUGAAGUCUGCUGCUGACAAACUAAACAAAAGGGCCAAACGUUGAACAUAUAAUGAAUUAAUGCAUAGUUUAUAGCCA